UGAUUGGAACGGCGCGGUCAUUACCAACCUCAGUGACCAGCUGGGCCGAUGGCAGGACCAAUUCUCCGAACUGCUCAAUCACCAGUCUGCAUCUACGACAACCGACACUCAGCAGCCUGGAGAGGAGUGCGGGUGCAACACUGCCCCUCCCAUGGUUCACUGUUGAUUGUGCACUAAUAUAAUAAAACAACAAUAUAAUAAAAAAAAGAUUCUGCGUUGAAGAAAAAAAUAAAAGUUAAGAGAGUUAUCGAACCUGGAGGAUCUAGAAACGCUCAUUUCACCUACUGUUGGACCUUCUCGGAUUUGCUUUUCAAUAUGCCUAUGCGUAAGCGCUCCAACUUAUCAAACCACCGAGCUAGAAUGAGGAAAUUGCGAAAGAGGAAGGCACAUGCUCGGGCUCACUCCUUGGAAUCCUCAACCGCCCAAAACUCGCCGAUGGAGCAAAUAAAAAGAGAACCCGCCAUCAAGCAUUUGCUUUGUGCUUAUCAUUUCGUUUCCUCGGUUGCCUUCAACUACGACCCUGCCUAUGACUACGCCAGUCGAGCUGAUGUGUCUAUCGGAAAGAUGGACAAAGCGUGCAACUUCUGUGGAGCCAAAAAGUGGAAAUGUGAGACUCCGGGCCUUUGCUGUUCCGGGACCAAAGUUAAUCUUGAGCCACUGGCUGAGCCUCCUCAAUUACUCUGUGAUCUUCUCACCGGUAACUCAGACCACGGGAAAUUAUUUCGCAAGAAUUUGUAGAAGUACAAUUCCUGCUUCGCGAUGACGUCUUUCGGUAUUAGGGAUGGACAAAAUGCUAGAACAAACAUCGACAAUACAGAUGUCGCUGGCACUUCUCGAACUGAUCAAACCAGGCCCAGAGAAAAACUUUACAAUUAAAAAAUUCAAGGCCAGUGUUACCACUUGAUUGGAAACUUCGACCACAGCAAGGAGAGGAGCCGAGAUUUAUGCAAGUCUUCAUGGGCAGAAAUGAAGAAGAACUAUCCCUUAGAUGCAGCAGAAAUGCGUCCAUUAAUGGCAGCGUCAUUGAAGAACUUCAAACAAUGCUUCAUGAAACCCAUCCAUAUGUCCACGAUCUGAAAGUUGCUACUGAAUUUUUGGACUCCAGACCUGAAAUGAAACUGGUCAUCCGAGCUGACAAAACACCACCGGCGAACAUCCUCGAAGGUUCAACGCUUCGACGACCAGCGAAAUUGCAGCCAUCAUGGUUGACAAAGAACACAGCACCCGCGACAUUGUUCUCCAACACCGAAGUAACCGAUUGUCAUUUGUCUCCAAAACCCACCGCUCCUACAACUGUCUUCAGUAUUCACUCUUGUUUCUGCGUGGUGACGACGGCUACCACUUCCACAUACAACAGAUACACCCAACAACUUGAGUUCCUGUGCAAAAAAGUUUCUUGCAAGGCAUUUUAUGCCUACCGAAUGAUGGUUCGGGAUAACGAUUUCAACAAGCUGCUACGGUUCAAAGAUGUCACUAAUCAGUUCUUUGUUGACAUGUAUGCCAAAAUUGAAUCCAAACGUCUGUUCUACAUCUGCACUCACCAAAGGAGCUCUGAGCUGCUGAAUACACACAGCUUCACGAUGCAAUGGAGCAUGACGGAGAUGCGGUGAUUGUUCUGCAGUAUGCUGCGAUUCUGCAAUGUAAGCGAACCCCUACAGCUGUGGGAAACGCACAAAAACAGCAUGUCGGAGGACAUCUUGUGAAGACUACACGCAAGAGAAUACAACAAUGAAAUCUACAACAAGGCGCUCCUUUAUAUCGAUAGGCGUCUCUGAGCUGCUGGAUUCGACGAUGUAUCUCAUUUCGGUAUUCCAAACCCUGUCUACAGAGAUGGCAUUUUAGAUUCAGAAUACAUCACGGAAUUGUACUACAACCUUAAAGAAUUAACCAAAAUGUUGGCUCGAAAUGAAUCCAAACAUUUGAUUGAACAGCAAUUCGCGUACAACAGAAUUUUUCCAGUGUCAUUUCAAAUGAAGGUACACUUUUCUUUUUGGAUGCUCCGGGUGGCACAGGCAAAACAUUUGUCAUCAACCUUCUACUUGCAAAACUGCGAAAAGACAGGAGAAUCGCUUUGGCAGCUGCAUCAAGCGGAAUUGCAGUGACUUUGUUGCAUGGCUGUAAAACAGCACAUUCAGCCUUCAAAUUGCCAUUGGAUAUUGCAAGAAA